AUGACCACCCCAGAGGAACAAUGGAGCUGGAGCGGGUACAUGCUGUCCGUCUAUGCAGGAAGACAGGGACCUGGGCCGCUUGGAACGGUUGUUUUCGAGGAGAUCGAAGCCAAGGCGAAGGAGAAGCUGAAGGACUACCCCGGUGCCUUCAUGUAUGCUGGGGGCAGCGCAGGCACAAACUCGACAUAUCGCGCGAAUCUGCGUGCUUUUGAAAAGUACAGAAUUGUCCCCCGUAUGCUUGUCAACGCGACAACCCGCAAUCUCGAGGCACGUUUUCGCAUCCUUGCUUGCAGAUUACUAACUACCUUGAAGACGACCAUAUUUGGUGUCAAACACCCAGCACCGAUCUUCAUUGCCCCCAUCGGUGUGCAAGGCAUCUUCACUGCAGAGGGCGAACUUGCUCCCGCCCGCGCUGCCCACGCUUCGAAAUUGCCCUUCAUAUUGAGCACCGCUUCUUCUCGGCCAAUCGAAGACGUCGCAGCCGCCAACGGGAAUGGACAUCGCUGGUACCAGCUCUACUGGCCCAAGACCGACGCCGUCACACUUUCCCUGCUAGGGCGUGCCAAAGCGAGCGGGUUCACGGCCCUCGUUGUCACCCUUGACACCAUGCUCCUCGGCUGGCGACCGCACGACCUCGAGACUUCAUACAUCCCGUUUGGCCAUGGCGUUGGCGUGCAAAUCGGGACCUCUGACCCGGUCUUCAUGAAAGGGCUUGGGAGAGAGCCGAUCACGGGCGUGGUCCCCAAGUUUCCCUACGAUUCAAAGGAGAUGGACAGACGCUUCGUGGCGGGCGACAAGGACAUUCAGGAGGCGGUCUUUCUCGGAAGAGAGUGGCUGAGAGAGUGCAAUUCGGGCCUAUUCAGAAGCUGGGAGGACCUCCGCUUCCUGCGCGAGAACUGGGAGGGGCCAUUGGUGCUUAAAGGCAUCCAGAACGUCCACGACGCGGAGAAAUGUCUCGAGUGUGGCAUCGACGGCAUUGUCGUCUCCAAUCACGGUGGAAGGCAAGUUGACGGUGCCAUUCCGUCGCUUUACGCCCUAGCGAGCAUCAUGCGCUCGCCGAAGAUCAAGGCUGCCCAAGCAGCGGGCAAACUCACCGUCCUCUUCGACUCAGGCAUCCGAACCGGCCCCGACAUCUUCAAGGCUAUCGCGCUUGGAGCGCAAGCUGUUCUUCUUGGCCGACCGUGGGUCUACGGCGGCGUCGUUGCUGGCCAGGCGGGCAUCGAGCAGGUGAUCAAGCACACAAUCGCCGAUUUGGACACCACGCUCGCGUUGGCGGGGUACCGUAGUUUGAGCGAGAUUCAUGGCAAGGCGGAGGAGGUGCUGUUCGAGGUCGACAAAGGAGAUCCGAUUCUGGGAUAG